UAUUUUCAUGAGCGAGUGGAUGAUCUCGGUAUUCAACACAUUUAUUUCAAGCUGUGUGUGAUGGUCAUGCUGUAUGUAAUUGCAGUGUUUGCAGUCAAUUGUUAAUGCUCAAGGUUUCAACUGAUGUUCAACUGAAAUGUUUUUUAUUACAGUAUGCAGGAGGCCAUACUACUCUUCUGUCUUUCAGGUCAGACUUGUUUGUUUGUCAGUGUGUAUUUCUAUCUUUCUUAGUUUUUAACUAUCUUACCGCACUCUGCCUGCUUAGACUUACUCAGAAAAUUAAAACGGUCACAGAGGGAUGUCAGUACUAAUUAUUAUAGUUGCAUGAGAAAGUUGUGACUUGCCUCAGUCCAGUAUCUAUGCUGACACCAUCCAAGUUGUUUCGCACAGCUUCAAUUUUUCAUAUAAUGUUGAGAGUUCUUUGAUUGCCACUGGGGGUCUCAAACCCAUGCUAAUAUUGAAUUGGAAUAACGAUAUAUAUUUGUCUGCUGUCCGUCUGUAAUGGUUUUCCUUACAGGGCUGUUCCUGAGCCACCAUGCCCUUCCUCCUAUCAAAUCCUACUUCUACGAGGACCAGAAGCUGAGCUGGACCGAUGCUCAGCAAAACUGCAGGGAGCGGAAUGGGGACCUGGCCACCGUAGACAACGUAGCGGACCUCCAGCACCUGCAAGAGUCCAGAACGGGCUUUAAUCACGACGACGACUUCAUGUGGAUCGGACUUUAUGAUGACCGCACCCGUUGGAAGUGGUCCCUCGGAGACCAGGACUACAAAUUUGGCCAAAACUAUGGAAGGUGGAAUGGUCUUAAUCCAUUGUUCAAGGAAAACAAAGAUAAUUGUACCGCCUUGCUCGCUUCAGGCAACUGGUACGAUUUGUUGUGCUCCCACCAACGUCAUGCAGUUUGCUUUGAUGGUGAGGUGCAUUUUUUAAAUGAAGAGCCCCACCACAUCUUGGUCCCAAACCCAAUGACUUGGUACGAGGCGUUGCAAUACUGCCGGUCCCACUACACGGACCUGGCCAGUCUCCAUGCCAAACUGUCCGAGGUGGGUGUGACUGGGGCAAAUAUCAGCUGGGUUCUCGAGGACGGACAGGUGUUUCACAAGGACCAGCCCAGCAAGAUAUGA